GGUCGCCUGAUCCCCGGCGCUUACAAAUUCGACGCCCUCAUCACCACCUUCGAGAUGAUCCUCUCCGAUUGUCCCGAGCUGCGGGAGAUCGAGUGGAGGUGCGUCAUCAUCGACGAAGCCCACCGCUUGAAGAACCGCAACUGCAAACUUCUCGACAGCCUCAAACACAUGGACCUGGAACACAAGGUCCUCUUGACGGGGACUCCUCUCCAAAACACGGUGGAAGAACUCUUCAGUCUUCUCCACUUCUUGGAACCUUCUCAAUUCCCAUCGGAAGCCGAAUUCCUCAAAGAUUUUGGAGACCUGAAGACCGAGGAGCAGGUCCAGAAGCUCCAAGCUAUUUUGAAGCCCAUGAUGUUGAGAAGGUUGAAGGAGGACGUUGAGAAGAACUUGGCUCCAAAGCAGGAGACCAUCAUCGAGGUGGAGUUGACCAACAUCCAGAAGAAAUAUUAUCGGGCCAUCUUGGAGAAGAACUUCUCCUUUUUGUCCAAAGGUGCCGGUCACACCAACAUGCCCAAUCUUCUCAACACCAUGAUGGAACUCCGAAAAUGUUGUAACCAUCCCUACCUCAUCAACGGUCUGAAGAACUUCAAGGUCGUGGUGGAGCAAGUUGAGGUUCUCCAAGAUCUGGAGAACCUCAAGGUCAUGGUGGAGCUUCUCCAAGUUCUGGAGAACAUCUCCAAGGUUGACCUCCAAAUUUUGGAGAACCUCAAGAUCAUUGUGGAGGAGGUUGAGGUUCGCCAAGAUCUGGAGAACCUCAACGUGAUGGUCUUGGAGGUUGAUCUCCAAGUUUUGGAGAACUUCAAGGUCAUGGUGGAGGACAUUGAGGUUCUCUAA